UGUUGACAUAUUAUUUUAUUGAUCUUGGAAAGUUUUUAAGUCAUGCAUUCACGCUAUCACCGUCAUUUCUGCGAGCUGUGCGUAGAGCAGGUUCGAAAUUAUGGUAGGUUCUUCCCGAAACAUCGAAUGGGAAAAAGAUCCACUUGUAUUUAAUUUUCACAAUGAAAUACCAGGCAAAACAAAAAUGCACACUAAAAGUUUGAAGCUAGAAGACUGGGUUCGAAUUGAUAAAUCAUAUCCAGAGCAAAUGUGUUUGAAACAGAAGGUUAUAAAGGAGCAUAAAGAGCAGGUGUUCGUUAGCAACGAUGAUGAACAUGCCCAAGAAUGUAAAUGGGAACUGUUUGAAUUACUUGUCGAGUAUUUACCAAGACGAUUUCCAGAUAUUUUUGAACUAAAGGAAGGCUGUAUUUUCAACAAAGUUUUGGACGACUGUAUAUCUACGUCUAGAGAUGAUCCGGAAGAUCCUUUACUCCGAACUGGUAGGCUUACACAAGAAGAUUGGGUAAUUAUAGAAUGGAGUGAUGAUGAACAGGGUUACGUCUUAACAUCUGGUAUAGUGUAUUUUCCGAUGCGUUGGUCUCUUCUUGAAAAAUUUAAUAAGGGUAUUGCAAGCAUUCACACGCCUGUAAAGCCUUUUACGCAACAUCUCGUGCACAAAGUAUACGACAUAUUUAAAGUCAUGAAGCCAGAGGCACCCUUAUGGCGAGCUAAUUGGGCGGUCUUUAAUGAUUUGGACGGACCGCUUGACUUAUAUACACCAACCGGUCAUGACGCGCGAAACGAUGUAAAUCAGUACACAAAAUACGAAGGCGAGAAAACUGGCAAAGAGCUGACUUUCCGAGCUGAGUAUCAAACAUUGCGAAAGCUACCAAAAACAAAAUGUAUUGUGUUUGGUAUAAGAACAUAUCAACGAUAUUUAAACGAUUUUAAAAAUUUUCCUACUCGUGAUAGCGAAGGGUUGAUCAAAGCGAUCGAAAACUUAAAUGAUGAUUUUCAAAUAUACAAGGGGGCCAAAUAUUGGAAAGAAGCUGCUAUUAAAUAUUUGAAAAGUAUAAUCAAUGAGCGUAAGGAAAAACCGUCAAUUGAUGAAACAAAAGGUAUUACCAGGUCAUGGUACCUACCUGCGACACUGGCCGUUGGUGUUGUUGCUACAGGACUGUUAAUUCACCGUUAUAGAAACAAUUGAAAGUUAGAACAGUAUAAACAAAAACAUAGACACAGGAAAAAAAUCCAAUGGUAUACAAAAACAAAUGUAAAGUAAAGAAGUCGCAUAAAACUAAAUUAGUUGAUACUUAUUUCUUAUCUACUUUGAUUUUAAUUUUUUUUAACGCGGUGUAGUAGCUAUGAUUAUAAAAAAAAUUAUUGGACAGCAAAUAUAA